CUCACUGAAAAAAAGAAAAUAUUAAGAAGCAAUUAGUUAAUUGCAACACAAAAACAAUGAAGAUUUGCUCACUCUGCUUUAGCCUUACCUUGAUCCUCCUCGUUGCAGGGAUUCAUGCAGCAACCCUCACUGUCAAGAACAAUUGUCCGAACACAAUCUGGCCAGCAAUCUUAACCAGUGGUGCAGCACAAUUAUCAAACACUGGCUUCGAGUUAGCCUCUCAAGCAUCCUCCUCCCUUGACGUCCCCGCUCCGUGGACGGGUCGGAUCUGGGCUAGAACACAAUGCUCAUCUGGCUCUUCAGGGAGAUUUACCUGUGCCACAGCUGAUUGUGGCUCCGGCCAAGUUGCAUGCAACGGCGCAGGAGGAGCCCCACCUGCAUCCCUCGCAGAAUUCACACUAGCAUCAAAUGGUGGGCAAGAUUUUUUCGACGUCAGCCUCGUGGACGGCUUUAAUUUGCCUGUCUCAAUAACUCCACAAGGCGGCUCUGGUUCUACAUGCACCACCACCAGCUGCAAGGCUAACGUGAAUACCGUAUGUCCAUCUGAGCUGGCUCUUAAAGGUUCUGAUGGGAGUGUCAUCGGUUGCAAGAGUGCUUGUGUGGUCUUCAAUCAGCCGCAGUACUGCUGUACCGGUCAAUAUAACUCAGCAGACACUUGCAAGCCCACAAACUAUUCGAUGAUUUUUAAGAACCAGUGUCCUCAGGCUUAUAGCUACGCUUAUGAUGAUAAAUCAAGCACCUUCUCAUGCACUGGUGGACCUAAUUACCUUAUUACUUUCUGCCCAUGAGAGUUUUAUGUAAUACAGAGAUCAAAAUUUAAUGAUAUUAUAGCUAAUUAAAAUAAAUAAGACUGACAUCACCUUGGUGUGUCAAGAAAAAUGAUCAUGAAUAAAAUAAUAGUUUUAUG